UCGGGGAGAAAAAAUACACGUCGACAGCCGCAUUUUUCAGAUCUGAAUGAACGUUUGCCGUGGCAAGACGCCGUGGCGGUCGUGUGUGAUCCUCCCCGUCCAGAGCCCGUUUCACUCGGCACCCUUCUUCCCCGCUGCACUGGCCAAAGCGCGGUGGCAACGGUGGCAUCCAAGAAGGUGUGCUUUUAUCAAAACCCUUAUCCUGUGUCCAGUGUCACCGCGUGUGUAACGAACCGUGAACGGGAGAAGCCGAAAGUCAACCGGCCGUCGUCCAGAGUGUGUAUCGAUUUCACUAGAGUGUCCAAGGCCUAGACAGACGAUCAUUGUUCCAGCAGCAGUGUCCUCUGGCAAACCAGGCAAAGAACCAGCAACCAGUAUGUUGUUGAUGCCGUCUUGUGAUCGAUAAAAGUGAUGCCAGUUAGUGUUGGUUUCCGAUCGUGUCUUUGUCUGUGUGUAGAACGUAAAGUGAAGGGAAAGCAGCAGCAGCAGCAGUAAAGGUGGAAGAAAAGUGAAAGAAAGAAAAAAGCCCCGUCUUCGCGGAUCAACAAAGAACAAGGAUCAGUGACAGAAGACAGAAUUGUCUGGUGACUCCCCCCCCGGGAGAGGGCCUACGAGAAGCAGCGACACGACGUUGGUGCCGUUGACUCGCGAGACUCUAUGAAGGAUAGGGCCGCAGCGAUGGGAGAGUCGACACCGAUCUGCCGUUGCCGGGUACUGUACCUGGGCAGUGCGGUGCCGCGCCAAAGCAAGGACGGGCUGCAGGGUAUCCAGGAACCGCUGCGUAGCCUCUACCCCUCCGAGGGUGCGAUCGGUGCCAAGGGUAUCGAUUCGUGGCUGAGCGUCUGGUCGAACGGUAUACUGCUGGAGAAUGUCGACGAAAACCGGAAGCAGGUGACGCGCUUCUUUCCGAUCGACUCGCUGCACUACUGUGCCGCCGUCCGGCAGGUACUGAUCCCGGAGCGGGGCAAUAGCAACCCGGAACCGAAGUUCCUACCGCUCGAUUCACCGUUCGCGAGGACACCGCGCGCCCAACAUCCACCGAUCUUUGCGGCCAUCCUGCGGCGCACCACCGGCAUCAAGGUGCUCGAGUGUCACACGUUCAUCUGCAAACGGGAGGCGGCCGCCAACGCGCUCGUCCGCUGUUGCUUCCACGCGUACGCCGACAACUCGUACGCCCGGCAGCUCGAGGGUUCCGGCAGUGGUGGCGGUGGCGGUGGCAGCGGUUCCAACAGCGUCUACGGUACGAUCGGUGGCAAAUCGAAUGGUGGUGGCGGCGGCCCAGGUGAAGGCGCGGGCGGUUGGCGAUCACGUGCCGGUAGCACGACGACGCUCAACAGUGUCGGUAUGAGCCGGCAGGCAAUUAACGGCGUCACCGAUGCGUACACGGUCAAGAAUCUUUAUGCGAGCAGCGCCGACCUGGAGGUGGUGGACGACGGCGAAAGCUCGCUCUACAAUGGCGACGAGAACCAUAAGGUGUGGAACGGUUCGACCGAUCAGAUCGAUGGCAUCGGCUUUGGUAACGAUGGUCACUACGAUAUCUACUCCGGUCCAGGCAGCACCGCUGGUGGUGUUGGUGGCGGUGGCGGCGGCGGUGGCGGAUCGACGCUUGGCCGCCCGGCACGCAUACGCCAGAUCAGCGCACCGGUCCCGGUGCCGCCGCCACCGAAGGAGGAACCGAAAAAGUCCAAAAAGGACAAGAAGCUGGCGAGCAAGGCGGCUGCUAGUCAGCAGCAGCAACAGCUGCAUCUCCAGCAACAACUCCAACACCAGCACCAGCUACAACAACAGCAGCAGCAACAGUACCAGCAGCAGCAGGUAGGAGGAAGUCAAAGUCUAUCCGGUACGCUUAUAAGACCACGUCCAAUGCACAUGAAUCCACUAGGUCGGCCGGCUGGUGGACCAGGCAACCACCACCACCACCCCCACCACCACCAGUCAGCCAGCUCUGCCGCAGCGAUGGCGGCCGCCGCAGCCGCCGCACAUCACGGCAUGAUGAUGUACCAUCCGGGCGGGAUUGGGGCCGGGGGUGGCGGGGGCGGUGGUGGUAUGCCACCGCCACCGGUGCCCGGCCGCCAAUUCCACACGAUCGGUCACCGGAGCAUGAACGGUAGUGCGAUGGCGAUGAUGGCCGCCGCCGCUCAUGCCGCCGGUCACCAUCCUUCACCUUCCCAUCUCCCACCACCACCACCUACCCACCUGCUACACCACCCCUCCCAUCCGGCGCACCUCGGGCAUCUACCGGCGAUGAUGGCGAUGGCCCCCCAGUACGCCACCCUUCAGCAUCCGCGCACGAGCAAAGGCAAGAAGAACAAGGACAAACACGGCAAAGGGCCAGGGCUGCUGGCCAUGAACGGGGGCCACGGGCUCAACGGUGGUAGUAACGGUGGUCCGAUCCCGAUCGGUGUCCCGAUCGUACCGCCCAUGUUCGCCUAUCCACCGCAGGCCAUGGUCAACGGUGGCGUUCUCGUCGAUCCGAGCAGCCGGCCACUCUCGAUGAGCAACCGGAAGCUGGCCCAAUCGGCCGCCGCCGGUCUGGAUGAUGUGUCUAACGGGGGCGGUGGCGGUGGCGGUACAUCCGGUGCGGAGUCUCCCGGUGGUACCGGGAUCUAUCGGCGCAAGGGCCAUCUGAAUGAGCGCGCCUUUAGCUACUCGAUACGCCAGGAGCACCGCAGCCGUAGCCACGGAUCGCUCGCGAGCCUUCAGUUCAAUCCGCCCGACCUCAAGAAGGAGCGCGAAAUCGCCCAGAUGGUGGCCGGGCUCGAGCUGACCUCCGGUGGAGGCGCUGGCGGCGUCGGCGUCGGCGUCGGCGACGAUGACUCGACGAUGACUCGCCGUCGCUCCGAGAUGGCCGGUUCGUCCGGGACGUUCGGGAAACCGCGACGAUAAAACCUCCUUAUCCUUUUUCCUUUUCCAUGCUUUUUAUUCCCCCUUCACCUUUCACGAUCAUUCUUCCAAAAUGGUGGCACUGUGUGACGUAAGCACGCAUGCAGGCAAUAUGUACGAUAGCAGAGUAAGAGAAGAAGUAGAAGAAGUAGGAAUGCUGGAAUCGUGUCAGCAUCGCAGCAUCACAAUCGGCAUUAGAAGAACAUUUAGCUGUUAAGGCGUAGCGGGUGUUCCAAAUGUGCUAUAAGGGUUAAAAUGCGUCCACAAUACAACACAACACACAUCCUUACACACACAGAAAGAGAAAGAGAUAGUAGCAGCACAGCAGAAUCCGAUUUCCAAACCCCCCAAAAACACUGGCAGAAAAGAUGGAGAGUUCGCAGUUAGGGACGCGACGCUUUGCACUUUUAAUACUCCCUCCCGAGCGCUACGAUUGGCGAUCGGUUUUAAAUGUUCGGUGACAGGGCAUCACGGGGACACACACACACGCACACCCUCCCCCUGGUGCGUCAUAUAGCGACGUCGAGCAGAGCAGCGCAGAGCAACGAAAUGUGCCUUAUUAGGUAAUUAACUAAUUUAAUCUUAAACAAAAGCCGCCGCCAAGAAAGUGAAAAUGUAGAGAAAGAGGUUUUGAGCAAUUGAAGAUCGUUUGUACUACCCCCGUUGCUGCAACCCCAUCACCAUCAUCAGUCGUCGCCUCAUCUCGUACAUCAGCAGCAGCAGACAAAAGGCUCGGGGAGAGAAAAGACCGUUUUUUUGUUUUAUUUUUAAACCAACCCCUUUCAGGGGGAUGUUAUCUUUGGGGUGUGCUUUUUGGGAGGGGGUGAAAUUGUAAAGUGAAGUGAAUCUGAUUUACGCAACCUGGCCUGGCGGGGGGCAAUUAUUGCUGCCAGGUGAAAAUCGGAUCGACAUGAGAGGCUCUCUCUGUCGCUUUCUUUCUCUCUCUCUCUCCCGAAAUUGCCAUCGCGGGAAAUCGAAAAUGCCCCCGGGGCCUCGGUGCUGGCACACGUACUGCGUACUGUACGUGCGUUUUGUACGUUGCGUAAAGCCACGAGGCCAGGAGUUCGGUGGAAGGUGAGAGUGAUCGAGAAAGAAAAAUGAUCUCUCUCCGGCGAACCGCUUUCGUGGAAACCGUGGAACAAUCUCCUCGGGGACUUGCUGCAUAUAUCGCUUCGUAUGGUCUAGCCGUGUUAAAUUAAAAAACGACAAGUGUAGCAUAAUCCUGAUCGUGCUGAUAAAACAGAACCGUCCGCAGAUUAAUGGCAAAGAGACACACUGGUGGUGGUGGUGGUGGUAGUGGCCCCGGUGGGGGCCAAGCAGAAAUGGAAAGCGUCUUCACACCGGGGGCGUGGGCCUUUAGGAAAUCUUAGGAAACGAAAAGAAUUGGCCUCGAGGUAUCUCGUCCAGGAGGUUCAUUGAAAGGUAUAAGUUCUUUUUUUAACAAACAUUUAGUCGCAACAGGGCAACAAUAAGUAGCAAGUAGCAUGGAUAGGUACGGAUGGAUCCGAUCCGAUCCGAUGUAUAGCCGUUAAGAGAAUAUGUACCAUUAACUAUUGCGAUCAAUCCGGAACAAAACCGCCGGUCAUCAGGCAGCGAUCGAUGGCGAUGGCCAUCUCGCCACCACCUCUUUAUCCGUUCCAUUUUUUUUUGUUCUUCCGUUUCCGUCUGUUUUUUUUUUAUUGACUAAUCCAAUUCCGGCCAGCAGCCGUGGCCACGGGGAAAAAAAACGGCGACGGAAAAAAAGUGCGUACUAGAUUGUUUUAUGUGUCUGUUUAUUUUAAUCCCUACGCAAAACGCAAAAUACAAAAUACUCGAAUAUGGA